GCGGGGCGCGCGGCGGGCGCGGGCGCGCGCGGUGGCGGCGCGUUCCGUUCCGGCCCAAGGCUCGCGGUGGAAAAGUUGCGGGUCGGAGAGAAGCGGCCCCGGGACAAGCAGCGAGCACGACGCCGAGCCGGUUCCCGGCGCCUGCGGUCCCGCCAUGGACGACCUCGGAUCUGCUCCCACGCCCUCGAGGACCGAUCCCACUUCAGACGCCCUGCUGGAGGACUUGGAGUCCACCACCUCCCACAUCUCCAAACGGCCUGUGUUCUUAUCCGAGGAGACCCCCUACUCCUACCCAACUGGAAACCACACAUACCAGGAGAUUGCUGUGCCACCCCCUGUCCCUCCACCCCCCUCCAGCGAGGCCCUCAAUGGCACGAUCCUUGACCCCUUAGACCAGUGGCAGCCCAGUGCCUCCCGAUUCAUCCACCAGCAGCCUCAGUCCCCGCCGCCUGUGUACGGCUCCGGUGCCAAAACGCCCAGUGCCUCCGUCCCCCAGGACGGCGUCGGCCCUCCAUGUCCCCGAGCCGGUGAAGAAGAGCACGUCUACAGCUUCCCCAACAAGCAAAAGUCAACUGAGCCUUCACCCACCGUGAUGAGCUCCUCCCUGGGCAGCAACCUUUCUGAACUUGACCGCCUGCUGCUGGAACUGAACGCUGUGCAGCAUAACCCGCCAGGCUUCCCUGCAGAUGAGGCCAACUCAGGCCCCCUGCUGCCUGGGACUCUGAGCCCCCACUAUGGCGUCCCAGAGAAUAACAGCCUGCUGGGCGGCAAAGCUGGGCCCCUGAUGAAAGAGAAGCCCAAACGGAACGGGGGCCGGGGCUUGGAGGACGUGCGGCCCAGCGUAGAGAGUCUCCUGGAUGAACUGGAGAGCUCCGUGCCCAGCCCUGUCCCUGCCAUCACUGUGAACCAGGCGGAGAUGAGCAGUCCUCAGCGAGUCACCUCCAGCCAGCAGCAGACACGCAUCUCGGCCUCCUCUGCCACCCGGGAGCUGGAUGAGCUGAUGGCCUCACUGUCAGAUUUUAAGACCAGCUCCUCUGCUGUGGCCUUGAAUUCCCUGGGGCUGCCGCCCAGCUCAGCUCCAUCCUCACACCACAUACUUCCUUCUCCUUCUCCUCCUCCUCCUCUUCCUCCUGGGCCCUCUGUUUUCUUGCCAUCUGCUACUAAACCCUCCCCUGGAGGCCACGGUCACACCCCGGAGGGCCUCUGUGUUGAGGUUAAUGAUAAAGGACAGGGCGUUGUGCCUCUUGCGGCCCCCAGCUGGCUUGAUUUGGCCGGCCUCGGAGUAACAGCUGACACCUCCAACUCAAGGUGUCCCUCUGUGGAGGAUUCUCUGGGGCCAUUUGGUACAGCGAGUCAGGCUCGAGUUCGGAGCCUGACAAACCUCACCAGUGAGCGUUCCAGGGCUCCCCACAGCCACACUCUACCCGGAGCUGGGUGUGUAGGUUCCCAGGAGCCUAGAGACCCCCAAGGGCUGUCGGCCGACCGUGGGCGUCCCGAGGAGGCUGUGGCUGUCACAUGGGAGCGGCCGUGGGCUUUGGAGACGUUUGGGCCUGAGACUCCCCGCGGAGCUACGCCCAGCUUCCAGGAAUUAACCGAGCCAGCUGUCGUGGCCGUGGACCGUCAGGCCAUCUUCCCAGAUACCUGGAGUCUCACGAAGGAACGUGGACAGCGGAAGGAGAGGGCAAAGCCAGCGCCAGCGGGGCUGGAGAGCAACUGCUCUGCCCCAGUUGACGAAGAGCAGUUAGGUGGAGAGACAUCCACAAGGGGAAGCCUGGUCGGGCCAAGCCAGGGACCCGAGAUCCCCAGGAGACCAGAGGGCGCUACUGAAGCUGCUGCCGCGGCCGAGAGGGAGCAGCCGGAGCUUCCACAUGCCAUAGUCAUGGACACGCCCAACGCCACCAAGAGGAUUUCCACCUCUGGCCAGAUCCGCUCCGUGAUCAGGAGGAGCCGGGAGACGGGCCAUGCGCACCCCAUGUCCCGGGAGCCCUCCCCUCGCCGCCGGCUGGACCCUGCCACCCUGAGCAGGACCCCAUCUCAGGAGCGGCUCAUCGCAGAGCUGCAGGGUCGGCUGGGCAUCCAGCCGGAGGUGGAGGAUGCAGCAAGGGCAGCGGGGGCCUCCACUGAGGACUGGAUGACCGAGGGCGUCGUCAUCACUGUGCAGCCGCGAGGGAGGCGGGCUGGGGGGCAGCUGGUAGAGAAGGUUGUCUUCCCUCCUGGCUCUCCCAUUCCCCUGAGAAGAACCUUCUCUGUUCUGCCUUCUCCUCCUCCUCCUGUCCCUUUGCUCCAACAUCACAGAGACGCCUCGGCCAGCAACUCUUCUCCCCAACCCGGCCUGCCUACCCCUUCCUCUUUGGGGCCCUCAGUAAUCCCCCUCGGUUCCCCUGAGGUCCAGGGUGCUGGGGCAGGGCCACGGCAAGAGGAUGCACAGGGCCCCCCUCCUCCCUCUCCUGUGCCCCACACUUCGAGAUCCGUGGGCUGUCAGACCGACGAGGACCCGCUCUUCCCCCCGAUGCAGAUCCAGGGCCUGGAACAAAGAGCGGAUGGAGAGCUGGCAGCCGGCUGGCCUCCGAACGGCAGGCAGAGCAGUCCCGGAGGGCAGGACGAGGGAGGGUUCAUGGCCCAGGGGAAGACGGGCAGCAGCUCUCCCCCGGGGGGACCCCCGAAGCCUGGGAGUCAGCUAGACAGCAUGCUGGGGAGCCUGCAGUCUGACCUGAACAAACUAGGGGUUGCCACGGUCGCCAAAGGGGUCUGCGGGGCCUGCAAGAAGCCCAUCGCUGGACAGGUCGUGACUGCCAUGGGGAAGACGUGGCACCCGGAGCACUUCGUCUGCACGCACUGCCAGGAGGAGAUCGGGUCCCGGAACUUCUUUGAGCGGGACGGACAGCCCUACUGUGAAAAGGACUAUCACAACCUCUUCUCCCCGCGCUGCUACUACUGUAACGGUCCCAUCCUGGAUAAAGUGGUGACAGCCCUUGAUCGGACGUGGCACCCCGAGCACUUCUUCUGUGCCCAGUGUGGCGCCUUCUUUGGUCCUGAAGGGUUCCACGAGAAAGACGGCAAGGCCUACUGCCGGAAGGAUUACUUUGACAUGUUUGCGCCCAAGUGUGGCGGCUGCACCCGGGCCAUCCUGGAGAACUACAUCUCGGCCCUCAACACCCUCUGGCAUCCUGAGUGCUUUGUGUGCCGGGAAUGCUUCACGCCAUUCAUCAACGGCAGCUUCUUCGAGCACGACGGGCAGCCCUACUGUGAGGUGCACUACCACGAGCGGCGCGGCUCGCUGUGCUCCGGCUGCCAGAAGCCCAUCACGGGCCGCUGCAUCACCGCCAUGGCCAAGAAGUUCCACCCGGAGCACUUCGUCUGUGCCUUUUGCCUCAAGCAGCUCAACAAGGGCACCUUCAAGGAGCAGAACGACAAGCCUUACUGUCAGAACUGCUUCCUCAAGCUCUUCUGCUAGGCGCCCUCGUCCCUUCAUCCACCCUGUCCCCGGCCCAGCCUUCCCAACUGCUACUGUGACCCAGAGGCCUCGCCCAGGGGUGAAGGGCCAAGCCCGACUGAAACUGGAACCCGUGUCCUCGGCUGUGCAGGGUGGCAGGAGGGCCACGAAGGGUCCCGCCUGCUUUUCUCCCCCACCUGCCAGAGCCUCUGGGCAUCCUCCCACCUCCUGCAGCUCUCCCCAGGCUGCCAGCUCUUCAUCCUCCUUGGAGAUGGGGGCUGGAGGGCCCCACCCCACGAACCUGCCUGGCCCGGCCAGCACCCCACACUGGAGCCAUCUCUUACUCAUAUUUUGGCAGUGUAGCCAGGGGGAGGGCGGGCAGGGUCAGAUGGGGUCUCUUUUUAUCCUUAUAUUCCCCUCGACCUAAUUAUCCUUGUUCUGAGAAUAAUGGGGGACACCUGACUCCCUCCAGACAAUGCCAGCAUAAACCCAUCCAUCCAAGCGUUGAAGUGCCCAGGGCCAUGAAAGGUUCCUUGUGCUUCUCCUGCCCUUCCGGUCUCCCAAGGCCUGGGCGACUGCCCUCCACCCCCCAUAACUGCUCUGAUCUACUGAGACAGGCCUCUCCAGCAAUAAUGUUUUAUAGUCACUUCCUCCGUCUCUGGGGACGGCGUGAGGUGGGGCGUUUCACCUCGUGCCUGGACACUGUACCGACUGAUUUCUACACUGAGGUUUGAAUUCGUAUUGUCUGAGUUGCUUUUACUUCUCUCUACAAAAUGAUUUCGAAGAGAUUUUAAAGACAUCCCAUUUUGUAUUCUCCUCCUCGUCUGCUACCACUGGUCCUUGACAGUGGCUGUGGCAUGGGGUUUGCCUUGUACUGAGGGCUUGGGGUGGGGAAGCAAUUUGUAUUUUAUUUUUUCUUAGCAUAAGCAGGUGAACUGGGAGCAGCUCUGAGUCUCCCCUUCUUUAACUUCACGGCUCACCAGGACUGUUUUAUAAACUGCUGUAUUUUGAAACCCCUUCCUUACUACCCAGGCCAGCAAGCUCUUAACCGCAACUAGCCCAAGGGUAUUUUGCCCUUUUGGGCCUAGAAGUCCGAACCUCAUCCAUCCUGUUCCUGAGGGAGGAGAAGGGGAAAGUACACUUUGGGGGUGCUGUUUCCUAUCCUAGCCAUUAGGAGCAUCUGCUCCUCUAUGAACUCUUUGGCAUCAGAAAGAACCCACUGAACAUUCUAUGCCUCCUCAGUGCUUCUCUGGGGCUCCUUCUGCCUUCUCAGGAAAGCUGGUACCUGAUUUUGACCAUCGGUCUUAUUGAUUCCACUGGGCGCAUCUCUUCCCCCAAUUUCCUGCCCUCCCUGGAAACUGGAGGUCUGGGGAAAAGGGCCCAGGUUAUUGCAAGGUCACCUGACAGGGUUCUGUACAAAGGGACAGGAUCCUGCUGAAGCCACGGGAAGCCCCCAGAGUUCUCUCCGCCAAGGACGAAACAGGUGCAGGCAGACCUGGGGUUCCCAGUCAGCAGAAAGGGGCCCAGUCGGGUCUAAAAGUAAGGAAGAUCCAGACCACUCUGUUAGCCUCGUAGCAGAGGCUGAGUUCCCUGGGGUCUCAGAAGAGGGUCCCUCCUUCAUGGCAGGGCUGGGAGCAGCCAGGUCCGGGGAGGUCAGCUAGGCCCCCUCCAAAGGUCUGACGUCUCCACUUCUACCCAUAGGCCUUAUCGCUCUGUUUACAGUGACCUCCCCCAGACCCCUCCUCUGGAGGACUAGGGUUUCUGGGGUCCACCCUCUGGGUCAAUGGUUAUUUGAUGAUUUGAUUUUAAGUUUUUUCUCUGUAAACUUUUAACCUGGCUUUUCCUUAUUUCAAUUCCUGUGAUUUAUGCCAAUAAAGUUUGCCAUUAUUUUGAUCUGU